AUGAAGUUGUCGUCCUUCUUCUUCGCCGCGACGCUAUUCAGCGACGUCGCGGUCGGCACACUUGUCGCGCCAAAGCCGGUUCCCGAGCUCGCAACACACCAGCCGCUGCAGAACACGGGGCGCGACGAGUCAUCGAGCGAGGAACUGUGGAAGCGUAAGGGUGGCGGCGGCGGCGGCGGUCGCGGCGGUGGUGGUGGGCGCGGUGGCAGUAGCGGUGGUACGACCGGUGGGGGCGGACGUGGAAGUUCGGGAUCGACUAUUGGUGGUUCCGGCUCCAACGGUGAUUCCGGUUCGAGCACGGGAUCCGGCUCUACGGGGGGCACAGGCAGCCGGGGCGGUUCCAAUGGCGGAACCAGCUCCAGCAGCAACAGCCGCAGCAGCAGCAGCAGCGAGCCCUCUCCUCCAGGGCGUGCUGGCCGAAACACACCUACUCCAGCCUACGGUGGCGGGCGAUUUUACGGCGGCGGUGCGGCCAAGCCGUACAAGGCCGGCGGUCGGACGCCGUCGGGCAUUGCUCCUGUGUUCCUCGGCGCUGGCCUCCUGGCCUUCUGGCCCGGCGUGUGGCUCUACGGCGCGCACAGAUACCACUUUGAACACCCCUACACGUUCUACAACUCGACCACCCAGAGGAACGAGAGCAAGCCUGUCGACUGCGCAUGCUCCCCCCGAGGCGACUGCGGCUGCGACGAGAACCCCGACAAGCAGUAUCUCGAUUCACUGAUCGGCGACGGCAGCUACCAAAACCUCAACAAGUCGCUGAUCAACGUCGCCGACGUGAACGGCAAGAGCACCAUCUUGCUCAACGGCACGCUGCCCGAGGGGACCGCUGACGCGUUCAACAACGGCGCCGGUGACGGCCUGCGCCAACUGGCCCGCCACGCUGGCUGGUGGCCCCUUGCGGCGACUAUUGGCGCCAUCGCCUUCACGAUAUAA